AUGAGUCUCAAUAACCCAGACGCAUCUCAGAAGGACGGUCUCGACGGUUUAUUUCCAGUCAAGGAAUCGAAUCCCAAUCCACCUUCCGUAUGGCGACAAACGAAAAACAGAUUGGCCGAACCAGUGGUUGCUGCAUUUAUGGCCGGCGGAGUCGCAGGCGCAGUUUCCAGAACAAUUGUGUCGCCUCUUGAGCGACUGAAGAUCUUGCUCCAGAUCCAAAGUGUUGGAAGAGAAGAAUACAGGCUAUCGAUUUGGAAAGGUCUUGUGAAAAUGGGUCGAGAAGAAGGCUGGCGAGGCUUCAUGCGCGGAAAUGGUACGAAUUGUAUUCGCAUCAUUCCAUACUCAGCAGUACAGUUUGGAAGUUACAGCUUCUACAAGAAGUUCGUCGAGUCUCCUGAAGGCGAGAUGUCUUCCGUGCGCCGCCUUCUAUGCGGAGGUGCUGCAGGUAUCACUUCAGUAACUCUCACCUACCCUCUUGAUAUCGUUCGUACUCGGCUUUCCAUCCAGUCAGCCUCGUUUGCAGAUCUUGGCCCGCGAGACCCCAACCAGAAGCUUCCCGGCAUGUGGACCACCAUGGUGUCAAUAUACAAGAACGAAGGUGGCAUACUUGGUCUUUAUCGCGGCAUCGUCCCUACGGUAGCGGGUGUAGCACCCUAUGUUGGGUUGAAUUUCAUGACAUACGAAGCCAUGCGAGAGUAUUUGACUGCAGAUGGAGAGAAGAACCCUACUGCGACUCGGAAGCUCCUUGCAGGUGCUGUAUCUGGAGCAGUGGCUCAAACCUGCACAUAUCCUUUUGACGUGUUACGACGACGCUUUCAGAUCAACACCAUGUCAGGCAUGGGAUAUCAAUACAAAUCCGUCUGGGAUGCAGUAAGAGUCAUCAUGGCCGAAGAAGGCGCGCGAGGACUAUUCAAGGGAAUUGGACCUAAUCUGCUCAAGGUCGCCCCCAGUAUCGACUUGGACCGUCACCAUGUGCGCAACAGCCACCGCAAGGCUGCUAAGAGCGACAACGUUUACCUCCAGGUUCUCGUGAAGCUCUACCGCUUCCUGGCUCGCCGCACCGAGUCCAACUUCAACAAGGCUGUUCUCCGCCGUCUGUUCAUGUCGCGCAUCAACCGCCCCCCGGUUUCCCUUUCCCGCGUCGCCUCCAACAUCAGCGAGGCCCAGAAGGGCAAGACCGUUGUUGUUAUCGGUACCAUCACCGAUGACAACCGUCUCUUGACCGUCCCCAAGCUGUCCAUCGCUGCCCUGCGCUUCACCGCUACCGCCCGUGCCCGUAUCGAGAAGGCCGGUGGUGAGGUCCUGACCCUCGACCAGCUCGCUCUCCGUGCUCCUACCGGUGCCAACACCUUGCUCCUCCGUGGCCCCAAGAACGCCCGUGAGGCUGUUAAGCACUUCGGCUUCGGUCCCCACUCUCACAAGAAGCCCUACGUCGCCAGCAAGGGCCGCAAGUUCGAGCGUGCCCGUGGUCGCAGACGCUCAAAGGGAUUCAAGGUUUGA